AUGAACAAACUUCGAGAAGAGGUGCUCCUCAAGAUAGAGGAGAUGGGUUUGCUCUUGUCGAAGGAACUGCGUGAUCGUGUCAGCGAAGAGCGAGCCCUACGAAAGCAGACACUAGCAGAUUUCGAUUUGAAAAUCCGCGAAUUCAUCAAGUCAGUCAGUUCGAGCCAAUCUGCGAUGGUAACGAAACUUUCACGAAAAACGACUCAACUCGCUAAAAGCGGCGAAAGUUCUGAGCAAGGAUGGAAACAGGGUACUUCAAUCCUGAUGGACACAUGAUAGUAGAAGAAAGAUAGAGACAGAUUGGUAUAGGACAUAGAAUAAAGAAAAAAGUUCACUAAUAGUAGAGGGCCGAGAAGUACUUCCUCUUCCUUCUAAAAAGAAUAGGGAUUUGAAAUGAUGGUCUUACUCGUAACUAGUAAGUGUAAUAAAUUGGUCGGGGAUUCUCUUGCCAGGGUCGUUUGGAUCUACUCUCUUACAUAGGUGAAAGCAUGAAUCAAAUCAAAAUACAUCAGGCGUGGGUUCCGUGGCGAAUGUGAUACGAAGUUUGCAGCCGGCGCUUGAUCGAGAGAUUCAGCAGCGGGUAGCGAACGAGAGCAAGAUAAACCGGAAGCUAGAGGAAAGUAUGACAGCUAUAGCAACCGAAGUAGAAAAUGUUACGGGUAGAGCCUUUCAGCAGAUAGAAGCUAUGACGACUCGAAUAGAAGCGGUGGAAAAAAAGUGCGAAGGUACUGUUUUUUAUGACAUUGACAUGAACUAACUGCAAUCUAUUACCUUCCUAGUACACGGAAUACUAUUACACUGAUUUUUGGAGCUUGCUUUAAUGUUGUUGCCCUUUCGAACUAUCAUGGUUUAAUCCAAAGUCGCCUUGACAGGAUCAUACUGUAGAUACGGAAGAGAUCAAUAAUAUAUAAAUAUUAUAUCUUCUUUAAACCGCUGUGACUUUCACUUCGUGUUUUAUGGGCUACAUCAAAACAUGACCUUGCCUUUGAUGACUCCACAACAGAUGUUGUUCAGCGGCAGUCGGGCAUGGAGCGACUCGUGAAACAGGAGUUAGAGGUGAUAAGGCGGGAGUUGCACCAGCAUGUUGAAAAGAAGCUUGAGCAAGAACGACUCGCGCGACAAGCGAACGAGAAAGAGUCCGCUUCCAGGGAUAGCGAGCAGCGAAUAGCGAUAGAAAAGUUGCGGACUCAACUGGAAGGAAUAACAAAAGGUGUAGAGGAUCUGGGCGGGAGCAUCCAAGCGUCGGAGGGUCGAUCGCAUGAAGCUGUCGCAAGACUUAAAGAGCUCACAACCGAGGCGAUAGAAAAGUCGAACGCGGAAAGGUGAGCGGGAUCGUGAUUAUUUCAUCUUAAUAUACCUUCUUGGUGCAUGUACUACAACAGCAGAUAGAGACAGUUUUAGGAGGAGGGAUGAAUUUAUUACAACUUUCUUGCGCCUUGUGAUGACGAUUCAUAUAAGUAUACGGUCACUUUGCGGUUUGUGCUGUUUUUUCGGUCCCUCACGUAAAUAACUAGUGAUACCGUUUUGAGGUCGAGGAAGUUUUCUGUCAAAAAAUUCCUGCAGGGAGCGGGCGGUACAGGAAAGCUACAGCACCAUGCAGAAGUAUGUUGGUGACAAUUUUGCGUCAACAGACACAUUCAAGAAGCAAGUCGACUAUUUAGAGGGUGAAGUGCUGGAUAAAGCCGAGUGGAUAGAGCGCCUUGAGCGCAACUGGCAAGCACGAUUAGAGGAAGAGGGUGAUCUCCGGCGGGCCGAUUACAAGCAACUAGACGUACUGAGUUUUCUUGCUUCUGCUCGAAAUAGAGACACAACAGCAUAAAACUACCUACGACCUCAUCUUGGGAAGGCAAUCUCAACUUUACUCUCAAAUAUUUUUCCACCAGACGUAUAUGGGCAAUCGGUUUAAGGAAGUCGUUGCCGACAUCAAAGUUCUUUUAGACGCCAUGGAGCCCCAGCAAACUGUAAACGCCAAAGUAUUAGAGAACGAAAGUGCAGCCGCGACACUCAAGAAGCAGGUACAAGUGGAUACCCUGUUACUCUCGUGCUUACUAGUACAAUGUGCUUUUUUAUUAGAUGUAUUGCUCUUUCGAAUCCUCAAAUAGAUUUCUUAAGCAACAAGUACAAAAGGUAGAGAGAGUUCAAGUUGUUUAUCUGAAAUCCUAAUACUAGGUACGAGACCUUUGGACGAACUUGGAAAAUUCGCGAACAGAAUUCCAGGAAUUUUCACAAGAGCAGAAGAUGGUAAUGGGUUUUCUAGACACGCAGCAAAAGACGAAAUUUGGCAUUUUACAAAAAGAUGUAUCAAAUCUUCUGACUUUGUACGGGACGCAUGGUGGUGGACAAUAGAAUGGCAGAUGUUUGAAAACAAAGUUGAGACGCGCAUAGUGUAUGCUCGUGGUUCUUGACGAUAGUGUUUAGGAGCACUGCCAUCAUUCUAGGUGCGGUGCAGUUUUCUCGCUUAUGUGUUCAAACGAAGAGACUACAUAGCCCGCUCUGGAAUGGACAACAUCGUGCAUAAGUAUCUUGGCUGAUUUUUAGGGAACGGGAUGCUCUUGUUCAUCGCUGCCAUGUGUCCUCGGCAGUUGUGAAUUUUUUGAUGCGCAUGUUCAAAGAUCAUUGAUUAUGCUCGAAAAUUCUUUUCACAAAAAAUACGAUGGCGCUAUUUCGUUGUAC